AUGUCGGGAGUAUCGUCAACAACCAUUACAACUUCGACAUCGGCACCUGCAUCAUCAUCAUCAAUAUAUAAUACUAUCAAAGAUGUUCCUUUUACAACAACAACAACUUCAACUACAAAAACAGCUGUAGCUAACAACAACAAUAAACAAAAUGGUUCAGCAACGAUUGUCGAAAUUGAAUCAUUGUCAAAAGAGGAAAUAAAUGAAUUAAGAUCAAAUAUACAUCCUAUUUUAUCAGAUGAUGAAUCAAAAGGAUUAGAAUUAGUCAAUAUGUUUGUUGUCGAAGUUGUACCACAAGCUGCAAACAAACUAAUAGGUGAAUUAAGCAAACUAUUAAAUAAAUGUGAAAAUGAUAAAUAUGUAUUACAGCAAUAUAGUCAUUUAAAGAAAAUGAGAAAGAUUCAAUUAUCACCUAAAAUAACAACAACAUCGAUAGCAACAACUGAAACUUCGACUUUAACAAUUACAAUAUCAUCAUCGUCAACAACAGAUUCAGAUAAUAAUAAUAAUACACCUUCAAACAAAAACAAAAAUAAUAAUAUUAAUAAUAAUAAUAAUUCAGUAUUGGAAUUAUUAAUUGCACCCGAGGAGAAUUACCCUAAUCUUCAAUCAUUCUAUCAACAACACAUAGAUAAUGAACAAAAUAAUGAACAGGAAUCAGAUCGACAGCCAAUUGUCGAUAUUAUAAAUAGUCAUAAUAAUAAUAACUAUAUUUAUAAAGAUAAAACUGAAUAUCAAAGAAAAAUAAUACAGUUUCUUAUUGAUAACAAGUUAAGUCUUAAAAUUGUAAAGAUACCAAAGAAUCCACCGUUAACACACGAUCUUUGGCUUGAAUGGAAUAAGUUAUGGCCAAUGACAUUUAGAGUACAUUGUUUCUCAACUCCAUUGGUAGAGACAUUAGAAGAUAAAGAGAUUGUCGAGAUGAACACCUUUAUGAAAAAAGCAAUUGAACAGGCAAACAUUGGAAAGAGUCUAGGAUUCAAUCCAGUGGGUGCUGUUCUAGUCGAUCCAGAAACCAACACCAUUCACGGCGCUGGCUUUGACCAGACGCCUGGCAACCAUAUGAACGAAAUAACAAACACAACAACAGUUAAAUAUCAUCUCUCACCGAUACUGUCGCAUUGCACAAUGAAUUUAAUACAUCAGUUGGCCAAUCAACACAUUGAGCGAUGUGUUCAAAAGAGUGGAACUGCCGGUAUGCCUGCACUGGCAUCGAUGCAACAGACACCAAACAGCGAGGACGACGCCUACCUUGCGACAGACCUCUAUCUCUACAUCACAAGAGAGCCAUGUAUCAUGUGUUCGAUGGCACUCGUACACAGCAGAAUCAAGCGUGUCAUCUUUGGAGCGGUACAACCUAACGCCGGUGGACUAGGCGGUUGUCUCAAAGUACACACUCAGAAAUCGAUUAACCACAGAUUCCAAGUAUAUCAUGGAAUAUUAGAAAAUCAAUGUAAACUUUUAUUCGAAAACAAAAAUAAUAACAAUGAUAAUAAAUAA